AGUCACGCUUUCAUUGGCUGACUGAUCUCCCCUACCGUCGGCCCACUCUUUCCGUGUCGGUUCAACUCAAUCAGCGCCAAUCAGCACGCCGCGUGGAGGAGUCUACCCUGCUGGGAGGCUCCGUUGCUUCACUGCUCUCCUCUAGAUCCUCUAGAUCGAUCACCCAUUUGGAACUCACCUGCCUCUUGAGGCGUGGAUGCACGCCGCGUGGAAGAAAAACCCAGCAAAGCUUGGCCCCGAUGAAGGCUCGCGUGGAAUGCGACGAAUGAAAUGAUGGAGAUAAAAGAAAGGGAAAAAAAGAAACCCCCUGGACAAAUCUCCGAGAAUACCACGGAGCUCUCGUCGCGACUUAAAUGCAGGGAACCCCUCACCCUCGGUAGCCCCGCGCUCGUGUGAGUGGUGACUUCUCUGCGCAUCGAGCCCCUUCCCGUCUACAAACUUCCAACGAAGCGCCCUCCAUCGUACUGUACGCGAGAUCACCAAGACUACUGGCCAUCGUACUCGUCGCGCUGCAAGAUGGAUGUCGAACGGACCGCCGGAAUUUUAGGCGCGUCAGAGGCCCCCGAGCUGGGCAAGAAGAAGCAAAGCUCGAUUGCCGAAGACCGGUCUAUUGGCCAUGGUGAGAAUGACUUACUUGGCGGCGAGAAAGUCGACGCGGUGCUGGCGGCCAAGAUGAUUCUGGUGAACGAUGCCAUCGAUGAGAUCGGAUUCACACCCCAUCACUGGAAACUAUUCUGUCUCAACGGCUUCGGUUACGCCGUAGACUCGUUAAUUCUGUUGAUUCAGUCCAUCAUCUCCGCUCAAGCCCAGAAGGAGUUUCACCCAGGAUACUCGACUGGUCUCACCAUUGCAGUGUAUGUGGGCAUGCUAGUGGGCGCCAUCUUCUGGGGGUUUUCGGCGGACAUUAUUGGACGCCGCUUUGCCUUUAACGUGUCUCUAUUCGUCUCCUCCGUCUUCACCGUAGUCGCAGGUGCCUCUCCUUCCUGGGUCACUCUGGGUCUAUUUGUUUGCUUGAGCGCCUUCGGAGCCGGAGGAAACCUGGUCUUGGACACGACGGUGUUCCUCGAAUAUUUGCCCAGUCGGGAUCAAUGGCUGUUGACGCUAAUGGCGGCCUGGUGGGGUUUGGGUCAGUUGAUUGCUGGAUUGUUUGCCUGGGGUUUCCUUCCAAACUAUUCAUGCGAGGAUGCCACCAAUUGUACGCGGGCCAAUAACCAGGGAUGGCGCUACGUCUGGUACACCUCUGGAGCGUUUGUCUUUGUGCUCUCCAUUCUCCGCAUCACCAUCAUUCGGCUCGAGGAGACGCCAAAGUUCCUGCUGGCCGAGGGCAAAGAUGCCGACGCGGUUCGUGUGCUGCAAAACAUUGCCACUAAAUACCAACGGCCGUGCAGUCUCACUCUCGAGCGUCUAGAAGCCUAUGGUAUCACCCAGGCCCGCUCAACCACCGCCGCCGGCCUCUCCCAGCGUCUCAUUUCGCCAAAGGAAGUGUUUCUUCAUUUACAAGGACUGUACGCCACCCGGAAAAUGGGAUGGUCGACCACUUUGGUUUGGUUCUCAUGGCUCCUGAUUGGCCUGGCAUACCCUCUGUACAAUGUUUUCCUUCCCACGUAUCUGGCAUCGAGAGGAGCUAGCUUUGGGCAAUCCAGCCAAUACAUCACGUGGCGCAACUAUGCUAUCAACAACACGUGUUCGAUUUUUGGACCAGUUGUCGCGGGCUUCAUGUGUCGCUCUCGCUGGUUCUGGGGUCGACGGGGAACCAUGAUCAUCGGUGCCUUGGUCACGAUGGUCUUCUUCUUUUGUUACACCCAAGUCCGAACCGCAAGCCAGAACCUUGGGUUCACCUGUGCCAUCUCUUUCUGCCUGAACAUCUACUACGGCACCCUUUACGCCUACACACCCGAGGUUUUCCCUUCCGCGCAUCGCGGAACAGGCAAUGGAGUGGCCAUUGGUCUCAAUCGAAUCAUGGGAAUUGUGAGCGCAGUGGUUGGACACGCUGCCAAUACAAGCACAUCCGUUCCCAUCUUCAUUUGUGCCGCUCUCUACAUUGUGAUGGCCAUCGUGGCGGCCGCACUUCCAUUCGAGCCAUAUGGCCGGCGCAGCAGUUGAUCUGCUUUCUCCACACAAAUCUCACAGGGCUGGUGUCUCGCAUGCCCGGAACGUGGCGGUUAUUGACAGACGAUCGACCUAGGCGCAAGAUCGUGGAGACUUGUCUGCGUCAUGGAGGUUCAUCACCCUGCCCUGGUGCGCCAGUGCAACUCCCGGCAUGACGUGUAUAACUAUGGUCUGCGUUAUUAUUUUGACGCGCCCGGGCAGGGUCACCGGAACUGGUUACACUUCGUAUGCUUCUUGCAGCAAAAACGCCUCGGGCCUUGGUGAAGGGUGGAAGGCUGCAAUGACCAGUCCGGAUUCUUGCCUUGAGGGACUGGACGUGUUUGGUUUUGGCUGCCGGAAAUUUUAACAACCGUUGACACGGAGUAAAACUACAGUGCAAGACUUACGAGGAGCCGGAUAAUAAUUGGAUGAUCGAGUUCGUCCUUCUUUUGUAUUUCUAGAAACUGAUCAACUUGAUAAGCCUGCCGCCCCGGGCUUAUCUCCUCUCAAUUGAACGAGACCCAUGGGGUAUGGGGAUGAAAGUCAUGGAAACAGCCGUUUUUAUUUGUUACAGUUGGCUCAUGACAUAAGCAAUAAAAUCUAACUAGUUAGCAUCACCUGUGCG